UUCGGGCUGUAAUGGCGGUUACGGUUUAUCGUGUGUUUCGUAAUGUUUGUUUAAAAAGAGUUCCUUGAAAAUUCUGUCUGUUACAUUUAUUCACUGAGUUUUGUGCAUGAACGUAACCAGCGGUAGUGAUGUCCUCGCUUACAUUUUCACAAAAGCUGUUGACACCCAUACCUCCAGAGAAGGGUAGUUUUCCACUCGACCAUGAGGGUGCCUGUAAAAUAGUCAUGAUUAAGUAUAUGCGUUGUUUAAUCAACAAUAACUAUGAAGCUACGAUGUGUCGGGAUCUCUCAAAGGAAUAUCUUGAUUGUCGAAUGAAUAAUGAGCUAAUGGCGCAAGAAGAAUGGUCCAAUCUUGGUUUCUCUGAUGAGGUCAAGAAGACAUAACAGAAACGAUUUAUUACUAAUC